UGGAGUGCUAACUCUGCCUACCAGCCUAGCCGAUCGGAAGCCAGGUCUUCAGUGAGAUACUCUGAAAUGGCUGAACUUGCCCAGCUAAUUGACAGCGAGGUGUUCCUGGCUUAUGCUACCUACACAACCAUUGUCCUUUUAAAAAUGAUGCUAAUGAGUGUAAUAACAGCAUACUUCAGAAUUACAAGAAAGGUCUUUAGUAACUCAGAAGAUACAGCAACGUUUGGCAAAGGUGAGAAUGCGAAGAAGUUCCUGUGGACUGACCCAGCCUUUGAAUGUGUGUGCAGAGGCCACCUGAACGACCUUGAAAUCAUUGUCCCGUUUAUUAGCAGUGGUCUGCUCUAUGCCCUGAGUGGCCCUGCUCUGUCCACAGCCUUGCUGCACUUCAGGAUCUUCAUUGGGGCUAGAAUCUUUCACACUAUCGCGUAUUUGACACCUCUCCCCCAGCCCAGCAGAGGCUUGUCUUGGGCAGCUGGGUAUGCAGUUACCAUCUCAAUGGCAUACAGGCUGCUGACAACUGGAUUGUACCCGUAACUAGAACACAGCCUCAUCACCCCCUCAACAUUUCACAUGAAGUUUCCAACAGUGCAUUACAUUAAACAUGGCUGUCUUAAAUGAACUGUCUAAUUUUUGUAACAAUUUUUACAUGGUGGCUAGGGCUGCAUUUUUAACAAAGAGGCUCUUCGUUCCUGUUUGAAAUGUUUCUCUUCAAAGAAAAAAAAUCCCUCCCCAUGUCCUCUCUAUUCAGUCUGCUUUGCCAAAAAACAUUAGUUUGAAUGUUCGCUCUGUGAUUUGUUGAAGGCUUACGAUUCUGAACAUAUGACAGUGCUGUAUCAAUAACAUGUGUGAUGAUUUUCUAGGGAUGCACUCUUUUGGGCUGUAUCUCCGAAGCCUAAAUCAA